AUGGAUCUGGAGGGGGAAGGCGCUCGCGCAGGGGCGACUCCCCUCGCCACUCCGCCGGAGCCGGAUCCGGCGCCGAUGCCGGCGGCCUCCGCGGUGGAUUCUCCGGUGGCCGGCAGUGGCGUGGUGGUUGUGGACCUGGGGAAGGUCCUGGCGGCGCCGCUGGAGGCGCCGGAGACGAAAGCAGGGCCACUGCACGGUGGCGACGCUCGUGGACAGGGGGAGAAGGAUUCAGUCGUUCUGGAUAUUAAGGGAGACGCCGGGAAGGGGCCCGGCGGCGGCGAGUGGGGCUCCGAGAAGCUGUGCAGGAUCUGCCACCUUACUCAGGAGCGGCUAGAGGGCUCGGAAUCCUCGGAGCUGAUCAGUCUCGGCUGUGGGUGCAAGGACGAUCUGGCUCUCUCUCACCGGCAUUGUUCUGAGGCCUGGUUCAAGCUGAAAGGAAACAGGUACGUCUUCUGGAAAUCUUCCCCCCCUUUCUACCAUAUCCAUUGAGGAAGAACUCCCCAGUGAAGGGGAACCCGUCGGGUCGGCUUCUCCCUCUUCCGGUGGGUUACUCCAGAAACCCUAGGAUCUUCUGUGAAUUAACAUGAUGAGAAUGGGUUUGUUCGGUGGUGUGAUCCAGAACCUGCGAAAUCUGUGGAUUGGUGGCGAAGAACGUGACCGGAGUUGAAGACGGCGGCUUCCUGGAAGAGUGGAGCGAAAGGCGCAGCGGCGAUGGUGGCGGCGAGGGGGGGGAAGGAGAAGCGCCCCACAGAGCCAGAUGCUGGAGGAGCCAGCCCCUCUGUAACUUCUUGAUGGCUUGCCUGGUGAUCGCCUUCAUCCUCCCUUGGUUCUUCCGCGUGAACAUGUUCUGA